AUAUUCGCUGCGUUCUGAUCAUUAAUUAAACAUGGCGAUCAAAGUAGAGAAGUUACCGGGCAGUGCAGUGAAAAAUGUUCUUUUCUAUUUCUUAACAUUAUUGAAUGUUGUACUUAGCAUCCACAACGACAAAUUUUCAGAAGAACUAUUGAUCAAACCCUUUCCAAGUGGACAUGUAAUGUUUCAUUUUCAGUUUACUACGGUGUGGAAUGUGUCGAUCGAUAAACCCGAAACAUUUCAACACUAUCACCUAUUUCCGAAAUCAUUGGGUGAUGUUUUAACAACAUAUAAAGUAAGAGAACUACAUCUAAGUCAGACUCAAGGCCUGUGGAAACAUGAGAAGUGGGGAUAUUCCCCGGAGGACGCACCCCCAGGGGUGGAGCUGUGGGUGUGGUUCCUACCUCAUGCAGGGGUAGACCAGACUUGGGCAGAUCUUGUCAAUGCCUUAUCUGGCUUAUUCUGUGCCUCUCUGAACUUUAUGGAUAAUAAAUCAACUGUACAGCCACGGUGGAGUUUCCGUCCGUCAGGAUUAGCCUCGGAGUUUUACAGUGCAGAUUCCCGCUUCGUCAGGUAUUCAACCCUUCCAAGAGAGGUGGUUUGUACAGAAAACUUAACACCGUGGAAAAAGCUACUGCCAUGUGGAUCAAAGAUUGGUCUUGCCAGUUUGUUUAAUUCUGUGAAGGUUUAUGAUGGAUUUUAUCAUUCACUGGGUGUACACAUCAGAUCUGUAUGCCAGGAUGAACCAUGUAGCACUCCAGCAGUGGAACUGAAGCAGACAAUGACUGUUGUGUAUGAUCCCUCCACAAACAAAAAUGGAAAACAAGACUGGAGUUUCCAGAGCAUUUUUGACAAAACUCUGCAAUCCCAGUGUCCUCUGGCAGAGACGAGGAAAAUCUACGUGGAUGUGACAUCACAAGAUACAAAUCCAAAAUUCAUAUUGUCACCCCUACCAGAUUUUGUCAUGACUCAAAAGCGACCUGGGGAGGAGAGGAAGAUUGCUGUUUAUGAAAUAGGAAACCACCUCUCUGGGAACAAUCUAAAUCUGAAGGCUGUCUAUGAGGAGAAAGUCAAGUUCACUAGCACUUCUCUGCCUCCUGUUUAUGCUAACAGAUUUGUCACAGGUUACGGGCUGGAGAGAGGGGGUGUGACCUGUAUGAUUUACAACUCCAUGGCAACCAACACCACUGUUAUCUUCCUGGAGACGGUUCCUUGGUUCCUUAGAGUGUACUUUAGCUCACUCAAGGUAGAAAACAAUGGGAAAAAAAUAGAACCAUAUAAAAUCAACUUCAUCCCAGCAAAGGACCGUGCCAAUCCCUACCAGAUGGAGAUUGUAUUCCGACUCUUCGCUAAUUCAGUCACCAAAAUCACCUACUCAUUUGAGCGAGCCUUCCUGAAGUGGACGGAGUAUCCGCCGGACGCUAAUCACGGUUUCUACGUCAGUUCUGCGGUGAUAUCCACUGUGUUACCCGUCGCCAGUCAGUUCACAUCUACUCCCCAGUCUGCCUCUCUCAUGGAGGAAAGUUUUUCCAAUAAUUCUGGGUCGUUUUUCUUGCGGCUUCACACAGAAGCUUUGCUGGUCUCCCUCCCCACUCCUGAUUUCAGCAUGCCUUACAACGUCAUCUGUCUGGCCUGUACAGUUGUUGCCAUUGCGUUUGGCUCUCUUCAUAAUCUGACCACCAGGAACUUCACUGCCUCGGAUCCAAACAAAAGGAAAGGACUCUUAGCUAAAUUAAAGGCUUUCUUUAAGAAAAAUCAGGAUGAAACAGAGAACAAAGACAAUGCUGGGGGAAAACAAGAUAAAUCUGGUACUAGGGACAAGAGCGACACCAGUAGUGAUAAAAACAUUUCAGGGGAAAAAGACACAGACAGCGAAACAUGACCCCAAUUCCAUAGGUAAACAGUAUUCAUAACAUCGAUAUUUAUACGUUUAUAUGCAGGUAAAAGGAAAUAUAUUUUUUUAAACUUGCAGUCCGUCAAUGAAUCAUUUCCAAUCACAAACUCAAUACAUAUUUUGUUGCUUGGCUUUCCUUGCAUACAUUGAAUAAUCAUUCCAUUGUUGUUUAUUUCUGUGCUGAUUGUUGUUUGAAGUGGAUUUUAAUGUGUAUGUAACCCAUCACUCUUUACAAUUAUUUUGUACCACAAUUAUCGGACAAAUGUUGGUAGUCUUUGGGAGUUUUGAGAGCAAUGUUGGUUAAAAGGAGAGGAGGUUUGAAGACUAGUGCUGUGCAAUUUACAAGCUGUAAUAGUGACAAGUGAGACGAGCUGUAAUAGUGACAAGUUUACAAGCUGUAAUAGUGACAAGUGAGACAAGCUGUAAUAGUGGCAAGUGAGACAAGCUGUAAUAGUGACAAGUGAGACAAGUUUACAAGCUGUAAUAGUGACAAGUUUACAAGCUGUAAUAGUGACAAGUGAGACAAGCUGUAAUAGUGACAAGUGAGACAAGUUUACAAGCUGUAAUAGGGACAAGUUUACAAGCUGCAAUAGUGACAAGUGAGACAAGUUUACAAGCUGUAAUAGUGACAAGUUUACAAGCUGUAAUAGUGACAAGUGAGACAAGUUUACAAGCUGUAAUAGGGACAAGUUUACAAGCUGUAAUAGUGACAAGUGAGACAAGUUUACAAGCUGUAAUAGUGACAAGUUUACAAGCUGUAAUAGUGACAAGUGAGACAAGCUGUAAUAGUGACAAGUGAGACAAUCUGUAAUAGUGACAAGUGAGACAAGCUGUAAUAGUGGCAAGUGAGACAAGUUUACAAGCUGUAAUAGUGACAAGUUUACAAGCUGUAAUAGUGACAAGUGAGACAAGCUGUAAUAGUGACAAGUGAGACAAGUUUACAAGCUGUAAUAGUGACAAGUGAGACAAGCUGUAAUAGUGACAAGUGAGACAAGCUGUAAUAGUGACAAGUUUACAAGCUGUAAUAGUGACAAGUGAGACAAGUUUACAAGCUGUAAUAGUGACAAGCUGUAAUAGUGACAAGUGAGACAAGCUGUAAUAGUGACAAGUGAGACAAGCUGUAAUAGUGACAAGUGAGACAAGCUUCUGGAGGUUUGCUACAACUGUGUUUGACUGUAAUUUGAUUUCUACAAAAUACUGUGUUAGAUUCAGAAAUGAAUUUUGUUGUUUUGAAUGCAGUUGAGAGAGUGAUGUUGUAUUCUCAAAGAUCUCCUGAUGUAGUGUGUGUUUUUAUAAGAUGGUGAAAAUGUUCCUGUUUACGUGUGUACUAAGUUGAUUUGUACAGAAAGAACACAGUAUGUAGUGUAUUGCUAGUCAUCUUUUUUGUACACUGGUUGUCUUUGUUAUAUCACAGUUUGAAUGGCUAUAUUCAAGAAAGCAAUAUUUUCAUGGUUACAUUAUAUUAAGAUAAUUGCAGAUGCAUGUGUGAUUAAAGAAGGUAGGAGUUUGAUAUUGUCGUUUAUUUUUUAUGAGACAUUGGAUUUCAUGAAAGAUAUAAAACUACUUUUAUGCAAUACAAUAAACCAAAUGAAAAACUGA